GAUAUGUCAGAGAGGUGUUUAUUGAACACCAGGUCUACAAUAUUACCCCCUCCGCUAAAUCUUUCCAAGGCAGUUGUCAAAGAUUUGAAGCCAAGGUUGCUUACUGGGAUGCACCAUAUGCUAACCAAUGGCAUGAAGGUUCAAACUAUUCAAGCAUGGGGAUGGUUUAUCCGCCUACUGGGAUCUCAUGCCUUGAAGAACAGGCAGUUAAUUAAUCAGAUGCUAAAAAUUCCCGAGCAGACAUUUUCAGAUCAUGACUCACAAGUUCAAAUUGCUUCACAAGUUGCAUGGGAAGGUCUUAUUGAUGCCCUUGUUCACCCUACCAUGAUAUUACCCUUUGAGACAAAUGCGACAAAAAAAGACAAUGGUAUGGAACAAAUAGGAACAUGCAAAGGAAACGGUAGUGAAAUUAAAAAAAAACGGAUACUUAAAAAGCACAAAGCUCAUUAUGACACCACUGAUAGGCAUCAUGUCGACUAAAUGUGAUGUAUCUGUUCACUUAGCUUGCUUGAACA